CGAAUCGAACAUCUCUAUUGUUUCACUACGGACAUCUUAGACUUGCGGACACAAAAACAACAUAGAUAUAAUGUAACAUUGCCCUUAUUUUUAAUAUAUGAUUGACUCGCAUGUUCUGGGUUAUAUAUUAACAGAUCGGUCCGAACUAUUUAUAAAAGCAUAAUCAGACUGUAGACCCUCUUAUUCUACUAAAGUAGCUAUGAGCUAUUCGUCGGCUGCGGUGCUGCUGGAAACGGUCAACUUCGCUGCAGAGAAACAUCGAAAUCAGCGCCGUAAAGAUCCUGGUGCCACACCAUACAUCAAUCACCCCAUAGGGGUGGCAAGGAUUUUAAGUCAUGAGGGUGGAAUCACAGAUCUUGAAGUUUUACAAGCUGCAUUGCUUCAUGACACAGUAGAGGACACUGACACAACCAUUGAUGAGCUGGAGUGUAUGUUUGGACCGACAGUGGCGAGAAUCGUCCAGGAGGUUACAGAUGACAAGUCGUUACCAAAAGAGGAGAGAAAACGGCUGCAAGUGGAGCACGCACCGCACCGCAGCCAUCAGGCCAAGCUAGUGAAACUAGCUGACAAGCUGUAUAAUUUGCGGGACCUCAAUCGUUGCACUCCCACAGGUUGGACACCAGCAAGGGUUCAAGAAUACUUUGUGUGGGCAUCUCGGGUGGUAAAAGGGCUCCGUGGCACCAAUGCAGCUCUCGAGGAGAAACUGCAGCAUCUCUUUAUGGAGAGAGGAGUGGAGUUAUGAUAAUGUCACAAGCCAAAUUAUGCUGCUUUUUUUUUUUUUUUUUUCUGUAACUGAUCGUCAUGGGAUGUUCUUUACACUAAAGGGACAGUUCAGCCCUCCCUGAAGUCGUUCCAAACCUGUUUGGAGUUUCUUUCCUUUUUCCUCUUUCAUUCCCACUUAAUAAAGUUAUACAGAACAACAUCAGGAUGGGUGAAUAAUGACUGAAUUUGAUUUUUUGAGUCAGCUUUAGUAUAAAGAUUUUUUUAUUAAAUAUUUGUUUUAAUAAUACAAAUGUAAGGGUAUGAUACUUGCACAGAUAUAAAAUGAAAUUA